GUACGCCGCCCACAUUCUCUUCUGCAAGUCAGUAUCGUGUAAGUUAUUGAGCACAAAGCAGAUAUCUCAUCUCCUCUCCUCUCAUCCUCUGUGGCUCUGCCUCCAGAAAAUAUGCAGUAGUUUCCCCAAUCAGAAUCAGAGAAACACUAACCGCCAUGAUUCUCGAAGACCCACACAGUCAUCUACAAACCCACCCAUAAAAGCUUAGAGACCCAACUACUUGUUCUCUGCCUAUGAGUCUACUGCUCCUCUAUCUCCUCCAUUACGGAUUUUUAGAAGCAAAGCAAUGGAAGAGGAACGGGAACCCCAUGGAGGAGUCACAAUGAAGAGCAGCAGAAACGCAGUUAACCCUUUAAUGUCGGCCUCACAGGAUAUCGCCAUUAACGAGGAGAUGAACGCUUCAAGCUCAAGCGCCAGAAAAAGAACCAGAGAUGAAGCUAGUGAGAAGAUGAGAGUCGAGGAGAUUCAAAGGGAACGAAACAGGAGAGAUAAAAUGGCUGAACUAUACUCAACUCUUCGAUCCAUGUUUCCCCAUCUCUUCCCUAAGGUAACGAGAGAGAGAAUUGUUGAUGAAACAAUCUCCUACAUAAGAAAACUUGAGCGAGACUUGAAGAGUUUGCAGGAACAGAAGGCAGAAGCGAUUUAUCUGCGAACCCACCAGAAAUCGUCCAUGGAAGUGACAGUUUCUGGUAAUGUUGCAUUGUUCGGUAUACGUGCAACGAUGAAGCAGCAUAAUCUAGUGAUGGAGAGAAUAUUCAGGGUUUUUGAGGAGCAGAAGGCAGAGGUUUUAGCAGCUGGUAUCACUGUUAAGGACCAGACAUUGACGAUAACAAUCACUGCACUGCUGAAGACCAAUGAAGAGGGAGAUGGAGACUAUGAAAUUAAUGCAGAGAGAAUCAAAAGACACCUUACCCACACUUUUAACCUUCUGAAUUCUGAGUUCUGACAUGAUACACUUUCUUCUUCUUCUUUUCUUUUUGGGUUCCUUCCAACUGAAACAGUUUAUCAGGGUUCAGGCCAUUGGUAGUUAGUUCAUUCGUGUACACUGUAUAGGAGUGGAUGAAAGGAAAAACUUUGAAACCAUACUUUACGGACAGAAAAAAAAUUACAAAGAUUGAGCCACAAGGAUAGAAGAACAGCUAAUUUUUCAUGUUGGUUAACUUCCCAUGUAAAUUCAAGUUCUUUGAUUGCUCUUAGAACAAUGUUAAUUACCAUGGAAGUGCCUGCUCA